AGUCGAUUCUGUCCAGUCAUUCUGCAAACUUCGGAGCGUACGGUUCUCGAAUUCUUUUGUCGGUCGCGUUUCUCUUUUCCCCUCUCGAUUUCAGCAAUCUUCUCACACACACACAACACACACACACACACACACUCACUCACUGUCACUGAUUGCCCCGAUUGCCAGUGCAGGGGUCAGAAAGAGCCAGAGACAGAGGCAGAAAAGAAAAGAAAAGCAAAACCAACCUCGGACUUUCGCUCAUAUAAUAUAAUUCGCAGUGUUCUUGUUAUUGUUGUUGCUGCUGUUGUUGGUUUUCCCCUGCUGUUGUGUGUAUAACAGUGUAUUUGCCGCUGUGUGUGUGUGUUUUUCUCGACAUAUUCUCUCUUCCCGCCCCGUCUGCGUUUGGCCCACACACGUCACGUCAAUUCCCGAGAUUGAGCUAACGAGAUAAAGGUAACGGAAACGCAUUACAAUGGCUGAAAACUGUCCCAAGUGCAAGAAAUCAAUCAACGGGAAGGAGGCCGGGUUCAUAAUCUGCAACUCGGAUGACUGCCGCAAAAAGUUCCACCGCACGUGCGUGAACAUUGACGAUGCUGUUUACGAUGUCAUACAGAAGAACCCGAACGUUUCGUUCAACUGUGACGAGUGCAAAAAUCAAUCGCCACGGGCCCUCUCGUCGAAGCUGCACACCAUCGAGGAGAAGGUGAACAAGGUGUGCAAUGGCAUCAACCAGAUCCAGGGGAGGAUGUACCAGCAGUACUUCCAGUUCGGCAACCAGCCACCCAUGCAGCAGGCCAGCGCUCUGGACACCACCAAGAAGCAUCCGCAGCAGAACAAUCUCAUUGUGGUCGGCAACAACUGCAAUUCGGAUCGAUUGCAGGUCGUCUGCGACUACGGCCGCUGGGUGCAGGUGGGAAAAUUCGCGACGAACACCAGCGAGGAGGAUGUCAUCGACCACCUGGCCGAGGAGCUGAAAAUCAACAAGAAUCUGGUCAAGUGCACCAAGCUGGUGAAGAACGAUGCCAAUCUUUCGCAGCUAUCCUACUGCAAGUUCAAGAUCUCCAUUCCCGACUAUCGCUUCAACGAGCUCUUCAAUGAGGCGAUCUGGCCCAGCGGCGUUAUGGUCAGUCCCUUCACUCCACGCUCCCAGCUGAAUCAGAAUCGUCUAUAGAGGGAGGGGUACGGCGGCCGGGAGAGUGGUGGUGGUGACACAAGGGUUAGAGUGAAGCCACCGCCGCCGCCACCGAGUGAGAAGUGAGAGAGACCGCCGCCGUAUCAGAAAGACAGAGAGUGAGAGAGAGAGAGAGAGACCCGAAAGAGAGCGAGAGUCGGCGCACGGAACUGCAUUGAGGCGGCCUGAAAACCCGCAAGGGUUGAUUUCCGGUCAGCGAUAACAACAACUGCAACCCGUCGUGUCAUCCGGCGUGUCGGGUCGGAGUGGGGGAGUGGGGUUGUUGCCCCCAUUCUUUGCAAAUUUUUGUCUAAAUCUUUAAAAGCUUACCGAAACCUAUCUAAAAACAAAAAACGAAAAGGAAAACCAUAAGCAAAUUAAUUCAAUUAACUUUGAAAAUGCAUUUUAAAAUAUUUUAGCGUUGCGUAAAUAUCGAAAAUGAGAUAGAAAAACCAAACUAAAAAAAAGUAUUUUAAUGGCAACUCUCACAGUAAAAUAGAAUGUGAAGCAAAAUAUUAGUCAUUUAUGCAUAACUGUCGUACUUAAAUUAACGUAAACUCCCCUUCCCUAUCAAAACUAAGCGAUUUAACUUGAGAAUUGAGAACCAGACCAGGCAACCCACACCACACCUCCCCCCCUUUUCAUUAUCAAAGAUUAUUUCCUAUAAAUUAUUGUACUACUUCAGAAUACGAAUAUGUAUACAUAGUGUGUACAUAUGUAUUUCCAAAUUGGAAUUCUCUACGUACAUAAUAUAGUUUCCACAAGAAAAAUCGAUAGCAAGUCCUAUUCCUCCUAUAUUGCAUGUGUACGGCAUCUCUAACCAAUUAAGUACUUAACCAAGUAAACAAAAACAAAGUAACCAAAAGUAUAUUCAAGCAGUCGACGCGAUGGCUUAUAUUGUAUUGUAUUCGUAUAUGUAUGGUAUGGUAUGGUAGUUUGAGGCAUUUUCAAAGCUUGUUCCCCAACAACAGUUUGGAAAUUUUGCGAACCAAUGCACAGGACACUGGCAAAUUGUAAAACCCCCUAUUUAAAUUCAGAACAGAAAUAUAUGUAUUUGUGUAUUCGAAGGUAUACUAUGCUCGUGUAUAAGCAGAAACAGAAAUGGAAUAGAAAACAAAAUACAAUAACUUAUUCCACACCGGGGGGCUCGCUGGGCUCAUUAAUGUUUGCUGCGUUCAAUAAAAAUAAACA